AGGGGGAGGGAGUGAGAGUGAGUGAGUGAGAGAGCGAAAAAAAAAGACAUCAAAACAAUAUGGCGGCGGUGGAGCUGGAAUGGAUUCCAGAAACGCUCUACAACACCGCAAUCUCAGCCGUGGUGGACAGUUACACCCGCUCCCGCAGGGAGAUCCGCUCGCUGCCCGAGAACAUCCAGUUCGACGUUUAUUACAAGCUUUACCAGCAAGGACGGUUAUGCCAGCUGGGUGGUGAAUUCUGUGAACUUGAAGUGUUUGCUAAGGUGCUACGAGCAUCAGACAAAAGGCAUCUUCUGCAUCACUGCUUCCAGGCUCUGAUGGACCACGGAGUGAAAGUGGCCUCAGUACUAGCAAACUCCUUCAGCAGGCGCUGUUCAUACAUUGCAGAGUCAGACACCCACGUGAAAGAGAAGGCCAUACAAUUUGGAUUUGUUUUAGGUGGGUUUCUGUCUGAUGCGGGCUGGUACAGUGAUGCCGAAAAAGUAUUCCUUUCCUGUCUGCAGCUGUGUUCCCUGCACGAUGAGGUGCUUCACUGGUUCCGUGCAGUCGAGUGCUGUGUCAGGUUACUACACGUGCGAAAUGGCAACUGCAAAUACCACUUAGGCGAAGAGACCUAUGAACUGGCUCAAACGUACAUUGAUAAACUAGCUAAGCAUGGUCAUCAGGCCAACAAGGCAGCACUCUACGGAGAGCUCUGUACAUUACUGUUUGCUAAAAGUCACUACGAUGAGGCUUAUAAAUGGUGUGUGGAAGCCAUGAAGGAAAUUACGGUUGGUUUGCCAGUGAAGGUAGCUGUUGACGUUUUGAGGCAAGCUUCAAAAGCUUGUGUAGUAAAGAGAGAAUUCAAGAAAGCAGAGCAAUUAAUAAAGCAUGCAGUUUAUUUAGCAAGGGAACAUUUUGGACCUAAACAUCCCAAGUAUUCUGAUACCCUUCUAGAUUACGGAUUUUACUUACUUAACGUAGAUAACAUCUGCCAGUCGGUGGCUAUUUAUCAGACAGCGCUUGACAUCCGGCAGUCUGUAUUUGGAGGCAAGAACAUCCAUGUAGCAACAGCUCACGAGGACCUGGCUUAUUCCUCCUACGUACACCAGUAUAGCUCCGGGAAAUUUGAUAACGCACUAUUCCAUGCUGAACGUGCCAUAGACAUCAUCACACACAUCCUCCCUGAAGACCACUUACUGUUGGCUUCUUCAAAAAGAGUUAAAGCACUUAUACUGGAGGAGAUCGCCAUCGAUUGCCACAAUAAGGAAACUGAACAAAGGCUCCUCCAGGAGGCUCACGAUUUGCACCUUUCUUCGCUUCAGUUAGCCAAGAAAGCCUUUGGAGAGUUCAAUGUACAGACGGCAAAGCACUACGGGAACCUGGGCAGGCUGUACCAGUCCAUGCGGAAAUUCAAGGAAGCUGAAGAAAUGCACAUCAAAGCAAUUCAGAUCAAGGAGCAACUCUUGGGCCAAGAAGACUAUGAAGUGGCUCUGUCAGUGGGGCAUCUUGCAUCUCUGUAUAAUUAUGACAUGAAUCAGUAUGAAGAUGCUGAAAAGCUUUAUCUGCGAUCUAUAGCAAUAGGGAAGAAGCUCUUUGGGGAAGGUUACAGUGGACUGGAGUAUGACUACCGAGGUCUGAUCAAACUAUACAAUUCUAUUGGCAAUUUUGAGAAAGUAUUUGAAUACCAUAAUAUUCUGUCCAACUGGAACCGGCUGAGGGAUCGGCAAUUUGCCAUCAGCGAUGCUCUCGAGGAUGUGAACGGCAGCACACAAUCUACAGAGGAAGUGGUCAGAUCUUUUCUGUUAGCCCAGCCUGCAAAUGGACCUAGUUGCUGAGGCUCCGGACAGCAGUAAAUUGUCACGUAACGAUCUUUCUUCCCUGGACUGCGAGGGGCGAAAGAAAGAAGCAAACUGUGAACCAAUCCAGUAACUACACUUAAUACCAUUAGGGUAAUAACUUUUGUUUAGGUGUUCAGAUCAGAGAUAAAGGUAAAUGAAAAAAAAAUUCAUGUAAUAGAUACAGGACUAGGAAAGAAGAGACCGGUCAACGGUUGCCGUGGCAUGCCAUUGACAGACAGUCACGGCGCCUGAAUGCCGUAAGCAUUGGUUAAGGUGAUGUUAUUUUUCCCAGCUGCAGCCUUUUAUUACUUUAUUACCAUUUCCAGCCAUUCAUUGCUACUGACCACAUUAAUCAAACCCAUGUACUCCUCUUAUGCAUAAUUUGCAUGAACUAAAUCAUUUUAUGUCUUGAAAAUGUGUCUCCCAAAAUGUGUGGGUCUCAGUGCCUAUCAGCUGAAUACUUCCCAUUUUACUUGGAUUAUCAACGAUGUACCAGUUCCUAGUAAAGUAAGAUAUAUAACAGGUGCCAUAGCACUGCUGGUCUCCACACAGAGACUUGCAGUUCGCUCCUUCUUGUUUUGCUCGUCACCAAUUACAGAAUGAUAUCCAGAGGGCACUGAGAGAGGUUUGCUGUACAUUACAGUAUGUCAUAUUAUUCCUAGGUAUCUAUAGCAUGAGUGGCCUUGGUGAGUUUGUUGAAGUGCACAUUUUUAAACUAAAAUAUUUAAGGAUAUAUCUAGAAGUUGGUGUGUGGUGCACAAGUUCAGUGUUGGAUCACUUAACUGGUGUUUUUAGGUACCAUUUGUGUCAUUCAUUUUUUUUUAAAGUCAAUUUAUAUUCCUCAUUAGGAAUAUGUUGCCACGUUCUGCAUUAAGUAAAUAACGUUUUUUGAUAACAUUUUGAGGAUCUGGAAAUGAAAAAAAUGGUCGACGGUGUUCAUUUUAUCACACAUUAGAAGUACACAGUGCUAUUUUUGUAUUUUCCUGGAUUGCUUGGGCAGCGGCGACUUAAAAACACUGAACGUACGCUGAGUCUGCUGUCCCGAAGCAAGGUCAGCGAGCAGACAGACACCCCCAAAUGAUACUCGAGCAGAUAUCCCCGUAAUAGUGCCACGCUGAAUUUGUACAAAUGCAUCACAAUUUCAUGUUACAUUUUAAAAUGAAAUAAUUCCAUUGCUUUGUGUACAGAAACUUUUAGUAUAAUUUCAUACAGGCUGCAGUGCCCAACAUUAUGUGCAACCAUCAAAAAACCAUUAUUGCUUAUGUUUGUAACAAACAUUGUGAUAUUAUGUAACUGUACUACUAUUAAACAUUAUUGAUCUAAAUAUACUGUUUAUGCACAA